CAGCAGUCGCCAGCGCGAACAUGGCGGAGUCCAUACGCUCGGUCUUCGACUACCGGGAGCCACCGACCCUGGACAGCAACGGAGAGGGCGUCAAACCGGCACCGCCACCACGGGGACGUGGCUGUGGGAGGAAGAGGAAAGGGACCCCAGUGAAAGUCUUUGUCACCCAGAAUGAGGAGGAGAGCGUGCCUGAACACAGCUCCAGUCCAGGUGAUCGGAAAGACGCAGCAGAGAGCAAGCGGCCGACGCUGGAUGGGCCUUUCUAUAACACGGAACCUGUUCCUCACCACUGUGGUCCAUCUGAGCAGGCUGAUGAAGGGAGUUCUGGUGGAGCCAAGACCAAGUCUUGCUCAGCUUCUACACCAGACACAGGUCCAUCCCCGGCUACUUCAGUUCAGGCCUCAGCCCCAACCCCAGCACCCACUGCCCCAGCAAACCCGGCUCUGGCCCCAACAGCAGGCUCCUUCCCUCCCUCUCCUAACUGCCGCAUUAGGGAGGUCCAUUGUGGCAGCCAGGUGCGGCUGGUGGUCAUCGCCAUCCGAGACAUCAUCAAAGGGGAGGAGAUCACCGUAGACUACAGUCUGACUGAAUGGGGAGAGAACCUGGGCUUCCGUGGUACUGUGUCCCCAGGACGGUAUGAGUGCAGCUCUGACCAGGAGAGCAACAAUAAUAUCAAAAAGGAGGAGGAACCGCUCUCCCUGACAGUCCAGCAGCCACAGCCACAGCCACAGCCACAGCCACAGUCACAGUCACAGUCGCAACAGCAGCAGACACAGCAGGAAUAUCUCACCCCCUCCUGGUCCCUCUCCCCCUCUUCCUCCCCAAUCUCCCACUCAGACGGAAGUGACUCUGAGCCAGGAGAAGAGGAGGGUGCCAACCCCCGUGGCCGGCCUGUCCGCCGGCGCAAGAAACGACGGGGUCUUCCUUCCAAGAAGAAGACCGCGCACCGGGCGCCACCCGCACGACCUCCUCUUGGUUCCACCACCAACGUACCCCAUCACAAUCGCCCCGCCCCUUUAUCCCCUCCUCCACCGCAGUCCCCUCCCCCUUCCUCAUCUUCUUCCUCUUCCUCAGCCAGGCCUAUGUUUAAAGCACCGGCCCCGCUGGGCCCCAACACCACCCCUAACUCCAACGUGACUCUCUCCAGAGGGGGUUUGGCCAUAGACUCCCAACGCCAGACCUGUGACUACUGUGGACGCCACUUCCGCUCCUUGGGCCGACACUUAGACAAGCACCAUGCCCACCAGCCUGAUGUCUGUUCCGCCCUCGUAGAGCGCUACACGCAGAUGCCCCGCCUGCACGCACAAAGCAUGCAUCCUGCUGCAGCUCACUCACACCCGCAGGCCCAGCAGCAUGUGCAGUCAUCUCAUGCCAUGGUGCAGGGCCGUAGUGCGGACCUCCCACAAAGUGGUGUCCAGGACCUCUCUAUGUCCCCACCUACUCUUACAGCAGCGAACCAAUCCCCUACCUCCAGCGGGAGGAACUCCACCCCUCCUGUGCUAACUCCUCCCAGAGGACGGAGUGCAGUGCCAGUGUCUGUCUUAAAGAGAAGCCCACCCCCGGUGUCUGCAACCCCACCCAGGAAGGGAGGAAUGAGGAGGGUGAAGAAGGAAAGAGGGGAAGAGGGGGAUGAAGAGGAGGGAGAUGUGGAGGUUGUGGAAGUGAAAAGGCCCAAAGAGGAGGAGGAUGUGGAGGUGGUCUGUCCUCAUUCCUUCAACAACAGCUCGGCCAAAGAAAUUGAGCUGCCACCAAAAGAAGAAGAAGAGGAGGAGGAAGAAGAAGAGGAAGAGGAGAAUGGAGUGAUGGAGGUAGAAGAUGACAGCGGAGGAGAGGACAAGGAAAAGGAUCUACUGAGCAGUUCGGGACGUCUCCACAUGCUGCCCCUGCUCUCCUCUUUGUCCUCCCUGGUUCUGUACCUGCGUCGGCUACAGCACUCGGCUUUCCUGUCCCUGUCACGGCAGAUGCAAUCUGCGGAGGCCUGGCGCCUGCUCUGCCACUCCAGUCUUGCGCUGCUCAUCCUGUACAACCGUCGGCGCGAGUGUGAGGUCUCCAAGUUGUCCAUCACAGAAUAUGGUGCUCGGGUCACUCCCCAGUGCCCUGUGCCUGUGCCGCCCGGUGCACCCCCAGCUCUGACACCACUGGAGGCCUCUCUGUCCCCCUUUGAGCGCCUGGUACUCCCCCACCUCCCCAGAGUUGGGGUCCAGGGUAAACGUGGGCGGGUCCAACCCCUCAUCCUGCCCCCUCACUGUGAGCCCUGUCUAGAGCUGCUCCUGCAGACACGACAGGAUGUGGGCGUCGACCCCACAAACCCGUAUGUCUUCGCCAGGCCUUACCACUCCCCCGCCACGCCUCUCCGAGGAACUGACUUGUUGCGCAGCCUGGCCCGCUCCAGUGGCACUCGCAAUCCUCGCGCCUUGACCCAGACUCGGGUUCGGCGCCAGGUAGCUAUCCUGACUCAGCUGCUGCUGCUAGGAGAAGGGGAGGAGCCUGGCCAGCCAGGAGGCAGUGCCGUGGAGAGGCUGGAGCACUUCUUGGAGCGGGAGUACCAUGUGACACAGAGCUGUGCCGGGAUUGGCCAGGAUCCGGGCCUGAUGGGCAGAGUCGGCCGGGUGGUGCUGUGUGGAGAGAGAGAUGGAGUGCUGUUCCGAGGGAUGAGUCUGCAUCACAUUUGCCUGGAGCUGGAUGUAAUGUCAGGAAACUCUGCAGACUCAUACUCGGAAGGAGAGUCUGACGGGGAGCAGGUGAAGGAGAAGCUUGAGGUGCCCCCCCCGGCCCCUGCCCCAAACCCCACACCAACGUUGCUAUUUGUAAGGAAGGGCAAAAACAAUGGGCGAGUGGGCCGACCCAAGAAGCUAAAGAGCACCCAGCCAACCACUACGCCCGUCAACCUGCCACCUGCUAACCGCAGGAGAGGCUCAGGUCAGCCGCAAUCAGGAAAGCGGGGUGUCCUGAAGCGUCCCUGGUCGGAGGCAGAGCGUGCAGCAGUGGAGGAGCACCUGACGCGCAACAUCUCCGAACUGAGGGUUCCAGCCAAGGCCGACUGCGAGCGCUGCCUGCAGCAGUGCCCCCUGCUGGUCAGUAACCAGCGCGACUGGCGGGCCAUUAAGUUCUACUGCCACAACCGCAUUCAGUUGCUGAAGAAGAACCAGCGGCGUGAGAGCGACCCCCAGCCCCUCAUUGUCUGCUGAUGAGGGAAAUUGGUUGGUGUUGCCGAUGAUGGGGGGGACCAAAUGGAUAUCAGAUUUAAUGCAGUUUAUCAGAAUAAUAAUAUUACUACAUUGAAUUUAAAGCGCCUUUCAGGAAACCCAACGACACUGUACAGUAGUGUAGGACAACAAGAAUCAGUGAUAAACAUAGAUAGAAAAAUUAAAAUAAACAGUAAUACAAACAUUAAAAGAAUGGAUUCUCAAAUGGCACCCUGUCACCCAAGUUAUGCACUAUUUUUCAAGGGGUCAGUCCGAUAUUGUACACCGCACUACUUAAUGUGGUGUGGUUGUGUUGACAUGCAUUUACACUGAUGUUUCUAAUUUAAAUUGAACUCUAAGCGGACUUAAAUUUCAUUUUCCCUUUGGUGCCCUACUUCAAGGUCUUAAACUAAAUUUGUAAUCUUCACAGCAUCUUUCUAGUGUGACUGCAGGUUUUGUCUAGAGCAGUGCACUGGGAGGGGUGCCAUUUGAGACAUGCUCUGGAGGACUGGUGAGACCUUAGGUUCGGUAUCAGCCUGUGUUGUAUGUUGACUUUUUAGUUUUCCUUCCAAAUGGACACACUAACCUAAGAUAAAAACAAAGAUGGUGAGUGAGCCCCAUAGUGUUGUAUGAAUGUCAUGAAGUAACACCUGUUUUAUGGACUUUGGAGACUUUCAUAGGACAAAUGGCCUUUGAACAGGCCACACAUUAAGGUGACCCUAUUAGUAGACUCAGCCUAAUUACUGCUAAACUAGAAGAAUAGCCAGGUUUUUCCUUAAACAAGCUUGUUUUGCUUUUGUUCUGUGCAAUUCUUAAUCUGGUUUAACUGUUUUUGGACCUUGAUUUACAUGUGAGGUACAGAAAAGCAUUGUUGUUUUGGAGUUGCUUCUCAAGAGCUGAAUUAUUUGCUGUUUGAAUAGAGCACAAAAGUUAACAGAAAAAAAGAUUGUUUUGGACAAAACUCCAAGGUGGGAGAACUGUGACUUUUGAAAGUCUUAUAAUGUUACAGUGAGAAAUGUCAUUAAUAUGUUGUGAUAUUUAUUUUGAGUACCUAAGACGAACAGUUGAGCCACCAAGUCCAGAAAGGUUAGAAGUGUCCUGCAGCCUGUCGCUUGGACUCUCAUUUGCUCCCUUGAAAACAUAUAGUUAAGAUGUCAGAAGAUAUCAGUCUGAGAUGUUCUUGCCUGUUGCACACGUGUUUUUCAAAGCAGUAAAAAAGGUGCUAUAGGCUGUUGAGCUGGAUAUCAAAGUAUAUGUGGCACAGAGAUUUCCCUUGGUUGUAUUGAGAAUUUCUUAAAAAUAGGUCUUUCUGGGCAUUUAUCAGAGACGUGAAUGUUAUGUGUUGCCAUGUUUUUGUUUUCUUGAGCAUACAAUGUAGUUGCAUUGUCUGUGUUGUCUUCUGCAAUGGCCAGAGUUCCUUGUAUCUUCUCCCAGCUACAUUACAUAGUUUGCAGCUAGACUAGAUAUUUGGCUUUUGUCAGUGUGGCUGGAAAUCUUUGUCCAUUGGACUAAAACCUCCACAAAACCUCAAGACUUGAAGUUAUUUAAACUGUUUGCAUAAUCUAUAUCUCAUUUCAUGCUCUAGUCUGGCCAGUUACAUUGUACAUAGCAAAUAUAUUAUCAUUGUGCUAACUGGUUGUUUGUGCUAGGCUUUGUGUAGCUUUUAAAUUUCCGAGUUGUUGCUUUUUGUAAAUAAACACCUGUUUGUAAAUAACACUUACAGAAACAAAGAAAAAAACGAUGUAUAAAACGCCUUGGUUAUUGUGUUAUGGUUUUCUUUUUUUAUAAGUCUUAUAAAAAUGUAAAGCUUUAU